UUAUGUCAGAACAGAUAUGAUCUCCAGCAAUAAGAUAAAGUGAAAAAAAGAAUUCAAUCACUUUGAGUCUUUGAAGGCGGCUGAAACGUAUCUGCUUCCUGGGUCUUACAGCGGUCCUUUUGGGUUACUAUAUAACAAACACAUUUCAGGGAUAAAAACUAACACAGUCCAAUCCAAAAAAAAUUCCAUUUUGCGCUGAGUAAGAUCUCUAGUGUGUUUGGCUAGACAGAAAGUGAUGGAAACCUUCAAUAACAUAUUCUUCAUCAUUUUCUCCUUAACAUUAACCUUUCUCCGUCUUGAAGCUCUCCAUGAAAAUUGCAAAAAAACAUACUGCAACCCUGGUGGUCCAAGUAUCCAAUUUCCAUUCCAACUAAAAUCAUCCCAAGAGCACCAAAACUCAUAUGGCGAACCAGGGUUCGUGCUCGAUUGUGAAAACAACUCCACCAUUAUUAAUUUCCCAUCUUAUGGUAACUUGGUAGUGAAAUCCAUCUCCUACAAAACCAGAAAGCUUGAUCUUCUUGAUCCAAGAAGCUGUGUCCAUGGAGUUUUUCUCAAUCUCAAUCUCUCGCUCACACCCUUCCAUUACUACUACACUUUGAAAGACUAUACCUAUCUCAAUUGUUCAGCUAGGCUUUCUUCUAAUUCUUUCACCGAGAUUCCUUGCUUAAGUGGUGUUGGACACCAUGUUUAUACUGUAGAACCUUCUUUGGAUGUUCCAUUUUCUUGCCAACCAAUCAAAACCAUAGCUAUUCCUUUUGGUUAUAGUUCUUCUCUUUCUGAUAAUAGUUUUGGUCUGAGAUUAACUUGGGGUUCUCUUGGUCGCGAAGAUUGCGAAGGAAAAGGAAUUCGGUGUGCUUUACAGUCAAAAAAUGGAGGACUUAUUGAAGAAGUACGAGUCCUAUGGAUCAUUGGAAUUUUUGCAGCAGCAGCAUUGAUAAGUCGAAAAAUUUAUUGGUCGGAAAAGACAGAUAGCCAGAAGGAAGAGAGGUACCAAGUUGGGCAUGGGAAAAUACUGGGAGACUAUACAGCCCUCAAAGUUGAAAUUUUUAAUGCUGAUGUUGAUACCGAGCAGCCCCACAAACCAUCAUUAAAUUUAUAAAAGACAAUAGCAAAUAAAUACAGAAGAAGAUCGAAGAUAACAUGGAUAAUAUGCACCAGAAGCGAUGAAUGGUCCUCCUUUGUUAAGUGGCUAAAAUGCCAUUGAACAACAACUGUAGCAGAGCAUUAAAGCAGAACAUAUGAGACAAACAGCAUACAGGGUGAAGAAGUUCCUCCUAUUUUUCUGUGCUUUCAUUGUCGUUUACAAAAUUAUCUUCCUUAAGACAAAUCAGAUUUACGGUUCAAAGAUGUGACAAAACUAUAUCAGAAUUUAUGGGGUUGAUUAUGAUGAAUAACCAUGGUUUUCUCCAUUAAAAUGAUAAUGGUGUAGGGUGAAUCAUUAAUCGAUGUAAAAUCUCCCAUUUUCUCACAAACAUAAACUCCUCUUUUUUUACUUU